AUGAGUAGCCCACGCAGGAGAAUCGAGACUGAUGUCAUGAAUGUAAGGACGAGAAUCCCUCACCGAACGGCCCAUCCUGACGACAUUGAAAUAGGCAAGAGUUCUACGUCCGAUUCAAAGGGCCAGCUGAGAGUCAGUGUAAUACCUCCGUUCGAAGGAGGCGUCUGGAAGGUCCAUGUCGAGCUCCCCGAUCAGUACCCCUACAAGUCGCCGAGUAUCGGAUUCGUUAACCGCAUUUUCCACCCCAACAUCGACGAGCUGUCGGGAUCCGUCUGCUUGGACGUAAUCAACCAAACCUGGUCGCCCAUGUUCGACAUGAUCAAUAUCUUUGAGGUUUUCUUGCCCCAACUUCUGCGAUACCCGAACCCGACAGACCCUCUUAAUGGCGAAGCGGCCGCUCUAAUGAUUAGGGAACCGAAGAGUUAUGAUGCCAAAGUUAAGGGUGCGUGGACUUUACACGAAGAAUUGAAUCAUGGAGCAACGGAUACUAAAAUGGGGACAGAGUACGUGCAAAAGUACGCGAACAAAGAUGCCGCGGACGAGAACGGUGCUGAAAGCGAAGAUGACGAUGACAUGUCGUCUGUCGGAAGUUUCGGGGACGAUGACGAGGAGCCCGCCGGACGGCUGGAUGACGUAUGA